CAAAUACAGCCGUUCGAUCGUACCAAACUCGCCUUACCCAUCGUCAUGUCAGAAGCUUUGGCGCUGCGCCAUUCCGCCCGGCGGUAACGCACACACCCUCUUUUGCGGCCUCGCUACCAUCUCCCCGCCAUGGAUACAGCACAGCAACCAGUACGCGCGGGCGUCUUCGUAUCGCCAUCAUUGGCUCUGGUCCCGCGGGCUUCUACACAGCGUACCGUCUUAUGAACAAGAACCAUGAUGCCAUUGUCGACAUGUACGAGCAGCUCCCCGUGCCCUAUGGCCUCGUCCGCUACGGUGUGGCGCCAGACCACCCCGAGGUCAAGAACUGCCAGGACACGUUUGAAGAGGUCGCCCAGUCGCCGCGCUUCAACUAUAUUGGCAAUGUCAGGGUUGGCUUUGACGUGGACCUGGUCAAGAUGAAACCCCACUACGAUGCCAUGCUGUUCUCGUACGGCGCGAGCGAAGACAGGCAGCUGGGCAUACCGGGCGAGGAUCUUCCAGGCGUCUACUCUGCUAGAUCGUUUGUUGGGUGGUACAAUGGCCUACCGCAAUUUCGCGACUUGAGGCCUAACCUCCACGCUGGCGAGCAGGCGGUUGUCAUCGGGCAAGGGAAUGUUGCACUAGAUGUCGCGCGCAUACUGUUGAGCCCUGUAGACGCGCUACGUGGUACAGACAUUGCCGAUCAGGCUAUACAAGCACUGUCCGAGAGCAGAGUCCGGUCUGUGCGGGUCGUAGGCAGACGUGGACCAAUACAAGCAGCUUUUACGGUGAAGGAAGCGCGCGAGCUCAUGCAAAUACCCUCUGUCGCGUUCGAGCCUAUUGACCGCUCUUUGUAUCCCCCCGACAUCAAAAAGCUCCCGCGCGUCCAGAAACGCAUCGCAGAAGUACUUCUCAAGGGCUCCAAGGCUUCUCUGCAGGAUGCUCCGCGGUCAUGGGCACUCGAGUUCAUGCAGGCUCCCAAGGCCAUGCAUGCCGACGGCGACCACCUCUCCUCGAUAACAUUUACAAAGCAAAACUUUGUACCAGACGGUGAUCCUUUUGAUCAGAAAACCCGCGUUGUGCCUACAGCUGAAGAGAGCACUAUGGAAGCAUCUCUGGCUUUCAGGUCGGUGGGCUACAAGUCGACUGCACUUCCUGGUCUCUCGGAUCUCGGUGUUCCCUUUGAUGACAGGCUAGGCAUCAUUCCAAACGAUAUGCACGGGCGUGUCAUGACCCCAUCAGCUGGCCCUGGAAACCUAACAGCCGGCCAUGUUCCUGGAUUAUACUGCGCAGGAUGGGUCAAGCGUGGACCAACCGGAGUCAUUGCCAGCACAAUGCAAGACGCGUUUGCUUCGGCGGAAAUCAUCGCUCAAGACUGGGAAGCCGGCGUCCCGUUUUUAAAUGACAAUAGAAGCACGGGGCUGGGCUGGGAUGCCAUCAAGGACGCGGUCGAGAGUAAAGGCGUACGGCCGCUUAGUUGGGCUGACUGGAAGAAGAUUGAUGGCGCGGAGCGAGAAAGAGGGAGGGCGAGGGGGAAGGAGAGGGAGAAGUUUCAGAGCGUAGAGGAGAUGUUGAAUGUUUUGGAUGCAUAGAUUAAGUGAGAAUCCGAACAUAUGUCAUAUGGCGUUAUUUUGAAUAUUGCCAUCAUGAUUGAAGAGAGAUUUAGAGGAGAUAAGGUGUUGCGUCAUAAGCUGUUCGACGAGAAAGCGGUGUAGGCGGCGGU